AUGCCUCAAUUUACGGCCUCACGUUCAUUUGCGAUGCUCUCCCUUACGUCCCAGGUAUUGGCCUUCCCCUCCGAACAUCAUAUCGCUCGUCCCGCCGAUGAACUCGCCGAUGAGCUCGACCGCAAUCUGAAUGUCUCCCCCCGGUCCGACGCUCAGCUUCGUUCCCCUCGAUUUGUACGUAGACGAGCAGACAACCGCGGUCCCUCGAUUCUCAAUCCCACUGCUGGACACUUCGUCGUGUUCGGUGCUCGCAAGAAUGGGCGGAGCGCAGCUGCUGCUAUCGACGGCAUUGAUAGAGCGUAUUACGAGACGUUCUCGGACGCCCUCAGCGCUCUCAGCGCCACUUCGGCUGCUUCCAAGACCGGCGAGCUUGCGCUAGGCUACGACUACAGCCCCACCCAAUCAGCAUUGAACAACGCUAACGAUUUCCCGGACUACUCGGCGCCCACCACCCCGCUUCCCGCUCGUGCCCCCUCUGCCCUUCCUCGUUCCCACAGCUUCGCUACAGCCAGCCAUGCUUCUCUUUACGAGGACAACAGCCCGGAUCCUUCUGUCCGGUCUUCGACUGCUCCAUCCCCGCACAUCCCACACGCCCAUUCCCACUCGAAACCGUCUCUGCCUCAUGCUCGCCCCGUGCCGACGAUAUCCGCCGGCACUUCCGCCGUACUUGCAGCCACCCAAAGCUCCGUCCCGUCGCCCACUCGUGCCACGUCAUCCCCGUCUUCUUCGCAAUCGAUCACCGUCCAGGCCACAUCCGGAGUAGGCAUAACCUAUCCGGCUCCGUUUGAGGGCCCACUUCCGACGGUUCCCAGGAAGAUCCGCGUGUCGAAGAAGAACAAGCAUUAUUGCUACGCUGUGUGCAUUGGUCGUCGCCCAGGACUUUAUUAUACAUGGCCGGAGACCUCUGCGCAAGUGGAAGGGAUAUCGGGUGGAGCGCAGAGAGGAUUCCCUACGCGUGUCGAAGCGUUGGCACAUUACCAUUCCGAGGGCCGUAUCGGCAAAGUCAAGAUUGCGACCGAGUAG